GUGGUGCCCAGUUGACGUGACACAAACUCACAAUCAGUCACGACUCAACUCCAUCACCAACCACCGCAACGAUGAGCGGCGAAGACCUCAGCCUCCCGCGCAUCCUGUGCCUCCACGGCGCCAGCGUCAACGCCCAAGUCUUCCGCAUCCAGUGCCGCGCCAUCAUCGCCAGCCUCAAGGACACGUUCCGGUUCGUCUUUGCCGACGCCCCUGCCGAAGCGCCCGCGGACGAGGCCGUCGUCGCCGUCUUUGGCGAGUUUGCGCCCUUUUACCGGUGGCUGCGCUGGAAGCCCGAGCACCAGGAGAUGGACGCCGCAGCGGCGUCGGCGGCGAUUGUCAAGCAGCUCAAGAAGGCCAUGGACGAGGACCGGGGCACCGGCGAGUGGGUGGGCCUGCUGGCCUUUUCGCAGGGCGGCAUCAUCGCCGCCAACCUGCUGUGGUCGCAGGAGCACCUCGACGAGGCCCAGAGGCCCCUGCCGGGCAUCCAUUUCCGCUUCGCCGUCCUCAUCGCGACGCCUGGCCCGGUCGUCUUCCUCGACGAGAGCGGCAAGCUGCCCAAGCCCCGCCACAUGCCGUACGCCAACGAGCGCAUGGAUCUCUUCCCAGACUGGCCUGAAGAGGGCGCCGACGGCGAGCAUCUGAUCAAGGCACCGAUUCUGCACGUGCAUGGGCUGCAGGACGGCAAUCUCGUCAACCACCGACGCCUGUUCAAGCUGUACAGCAAAAAGGGCACGGCCAAGCUGAUAGAGUGGGACGGGGGCCACCGAUUGCCGAUCAAGACGAAUGAUGUGGAGCGGAUGGUGAGCGGGAUCCGGGCAGUUGCUGAGAGCGUCGGCAUUGAGGCGUAUGAUGAUGAUGUGUGGUGCUAGAUUGGAUGAUCAUGUUGGACAAGGACCAUGGGCCGGCGCAUGGAAAUAGAAAAGGAAUACAUUCAGUUUGACUAAAAUUACAUCUUUUUUUCUUCUAUA